AUUACAAAAGCCGGAUGCAACCCUUCAUUUCCCAAGCCAUCGGAAUCACUCCCCUCCAUCAAACUUACUACUAUCACCGUCCUUGUUCUUCCUAUAAUUACCUCCAAAUUUCCCCCAUAAACCAGUUUUCACCCUUUUUUUUUUACCACUAUUGGUUUUUCGAUAAAAUUAAAAAACAUAGUUUUAUAGUUUCCCAUUUCUCUUUGUAACAGUCGUUUAUAGGUUGGUAUCACCAACGUAUUACCCCCCCCCCCAAAAAAGAACAAUGCUGUAAAUAUUAUAAUAAUAGAGUUAAAAUUAAACCGUAAGAAAAAGUCAGUGAUCAUCAGUGAUUCCAUCACCUUAUCUCGGUUGUUACAAAAGAAUUAUUAUUAGUAAUUAAAUUAGAUCAGAUAUUUUACUACAUUUUUUAUUUUCUCACUUUUAGAAUCCAAAUUAUGGGUUUUCUUCACAAGUUAUGGGACGAAACGCUUGCCGGCCCAACGCCGGAAUCUGGUCUGGGCAAACUCCGCAAGUACAAUUCCUUCUCUGGAUCUCGUUCUUCUUCCUCGCCGGUGCCGGAGGGGGCGAGAGAUGACGCUCUAGUCCCCAUAUCCAGGAGCAUCACCGUCCUCCGUCGUGGAACUCCGCCAACUGUGGAUGUCAACCUCGCCGGAGAUUCUACCGGAUCCGUCCCUUCCUCUCCUUCAACUGCUUCCGCCACCCCUACUUCCCCGUUCUCACCCGGUGCUCCUGGUCAUGGCGGUCCUUUCAAGGAGCAGACCCGGAGGAAAAUAAAUCCGGCUUCCGGCCCAAACCACAACGGAGAGCCCAGAAGCCCAACUCCUCCUGACUACGAUUCUUAUUGGUAACGUUCUUCAUUUCUUUCCCCCUUUGGUUCAUCUUUGGAUCGUGCAUUCAACAAAUUCGUUUGACUAAUCACCACAUUUUUUUGUUUGUUCCUUACAAUUUUCAAGGUGAAGAAAGGAUUCAAGAUAUACUUUCUCGUUCUAAAAUUAUUAUUCAAUUUAAUUUUUUAAUUUUAAUACAAAUUGAAUUAAAAAUAAAAGUUCAAAUUGGACUAUAAUUUCGGACGGACGAAAUAUUGAAUUUACCUUGUAUAUCAUAUAUUCAUACACAGUAUACAAGUGCAAACAUAAUGGAGAAAAAAAAACAGUUUUUCGUGCAUCCAUCUGAAUCUCAAGCUCCCUAUAUGUUGCUUUGAAUUUGGUUUUGUAGGAGUAAUUCUUAUACGUUUGUUUUCUUGUUGUGAUGUUAUAUUUUUGCAGGAUUGUGCUAAGUCAUGCUUUGGAUCGAUCCUAAAUGAACCACCCAAUCCCAAACCAAAUAAAAAAACUACAAUCACAAAAUAACAUAACUGCUCAACUAAAUUAAGGUCAAUCGUAUUUUGUCUCCCUUUUUUGUACAUAAGAUGUAAAUAGUUCUGUAAAUAUCGAGUUGCCCAUCCCCCUGGAUGAAUAUGCAUAAGGUGGGUUGAAAAAGAGUGAUGGUAUUAGCUAUAUGAUAAACACACCCCC